UUUACUGAUGUUCUUCACGUGGUACAAAGUAAAAGGAGGCGCUGCUUUCUGAAACUCAAAUUCACUAUAUGUUCUUAGUAGUAGAUAACUUCUGGUCUUUUCAAUACGCAUUUGCGUUUCACAUUCAUUUCAUAUUUAUUAAUAAAAAUUAUUAUCCUCUUGAACUUAAUUGUAAAGAAACAAACAAAAAAAAAAAAAAAAAACUACUCAUAAAGUAUCUUCGGAUGUUCUAUGUUUGAAACACCGGUCUCUUAGACGCAGUAUUGAAGUGCAGCAAAUGUGAGUGUGUUUUCGUUUGUUGUGGUCGAACUUGUGGAAUUCUUAAUCAAACGAUGUCCUCCAUGGGGGAAACGUUGUAUAAUACUGUGGCAAGGUCAAUGCGCUCAGUGUUUAUUGGUAAUCUUCCAUUAGACACAACAGAAGACCAGCUAAAAGAGAUAUGUUCUGAAAUUGGACCACUUAUUAAUGUAAAAAUUUUUACUGACAAUGAUAGUAACAAGCCAAAAGUGUAUGGAUUUUGUGAAUAUAAAGACAAAGAAAUGGCUCAAAGUGCUGUACGUAACCUUGAUGGGUAUCUUUUGCGAAACAGUCCUUUGCGAGUCCAUAUUGCUUCUAGUGAGAAGAGUAAAGAAGAAAUGGAAAGUUUACAAGGAUUGGUGACUGAACAAGGAGAAACUUCCACAGAUGCAACUUCAGAGAAAGCUCCAGAAGAGAUCUCUAAAGCUGUAGCCAGUCUUCCAGCUGAACAAAUGUUUGAACUAAUGAAGCAAAUGAAGAUGUGUAUUGAGAACAAUCCAACAGAAGCACGAAAUUUGUUGCUGCAGAAUCCUCAGUUAGCAUAUGCUCUACUACAAGCUCAAGUUAUUAUGCGAAUUGUUGAUCCAGAAGUUGCUUUGCAAAUUCUCAACAGACCACUCAGUGUUCAAGUUCCAACAAGUUCGGCCCCAGAAAAUAAAAUUCCUACUGAAACAGUCCCACAAAUGAUUCCUCCAGUAAAUGAAACUCCUCCUGCAUUUCCAACAUUUUCACCAGCUGUCACCCAGUUGUCAAGUUCAGCUGCACCUGCACCCAGAGCUCCAGCUAAUCCUCCAUUAAGACCUCCAUUACAUGGUGACAGGGUGCCUGUUAUGGCUGCUUCUGCAGUUCCUCCUAUGCCUUCUCCAUUUGCAGAUAGAGGUUUGUAUAUUUGA